UAUGUACCUACAUGAAGGUAUGGAUUUCAAGUUUCAUCAUAUACCAUACCUAGUACUAUAUACCUAAUUACAUCUAUUACGCUAUUACGCUAUGCGACCUGUAACCACCGAAAAGGGUUGGCUGAGAGCAUUAAGUGGCCUCUGCCGCUCCCAGCCCCACCGGGUUUUCUCUACGUCUAUGCGUCUUCGCACCACCAAUCAGGUUUACUCUUGUGUCCGCCGACCAGAUGCUCUUUACACAUACCAACUCUUAUCGUCAUCCUCACGAACGCCUCUUGUCACGUUCUGGACGACUUCGUGGUGUGCUACAUGCCAUGUCGUAGCACCGCUCCUAAAAUCCAUCAUCGAAUCCGGUGUGGGUGAGGCUGAAGGUGGCGUUGGUUAUUGCGAGGUCCAAUACGACUCCCCCGACAUUAUGAGUGGCGGGCUCGGAAUGGAGUACAUGAUCACUUCCAUACCAACCCUGCUCAGCUUUGACGCCGGGGAAGCUCAAGUCCGCACCAAGAUAACUGAUGGCAAAAGACUGGCAGAUCGGUCUUUCUUGGAAGAUUGGGUUAGAAUAGAGGCACAGAGACAUGGCGGUCGCGGGGGUGGAAACGGUGGUACGAGUAGCCUUGGUGCUUUAUUUGGACUGUGGAGGUAGGUCUGGCCAUCUAUUUGUCAACCUACCUCGAGUCCCUCGUCCCAGAUUGUACCCCGAUUUAUACACAUAUAUUGUUAGACGAUAACAUCUUACUAUGUAUUGUUACCUACAGACACAUGAUAGA